AGAGAUGACGAUCAGUUUUGCACUCAUCUGCAUUUGCUGUGAUCAUACAUCGACUGCCUUGCUAACCGCCCCCACCCACCACCGAGCUCCUUUCAGCUCCGGAUAAUCUAGUUCUACACCCUACCUUGCCCUUGCGCCUUACUCAGAUAGUUCACCUCACAGCCUGGGGUUUCCAAUAUUAGCCUUCCUUGCCUCCCACCUUGCCAACCCCUUACCUAAGGCACCAACCUGGGUAUCUUACCACUCGUGUAUACCUACCUACUCAAUUCGGCAAAGCGGGAAUUGCCUGUCAAGACAGCCUGACCAUUCCUGUCUUCAUUAACAAUCUGUUGUCCCCCAACUGGUUUUGCUGCUUGUCUGUUGUUUGACACAGCCUGUUGCGUUGCAAGGAGACCCAGCUGCGCUUCUGUUUUGGCCUGCAUUGCCAUAGCCUAUUUGGUUUCCACUUUCUGCGGCACAACCCUACGAUAUCGGCGACUGUCGGUUCUUACACUUCCCUAAUUGACUGCAGUCUUUACACGCUUGACGAAUCAGGUUUUAAUAGAGCGUCCUGCGCUGCACGCCCCACAAUGUCCUCUACAGCUCAGCAGGCAUCGGACGUGGCUGCAUCUGUCUCCAAGCUGACUAUUACUCCGGCCAAUAACGACACCCGCCGCAAGCCGAAUAUCAAGAAGGCGGGGACCAAGAAGAAGAAAGUCGCAGACUCGUGGGAAGACGAGGAUGUAUCUUCCGCUUCAGAGUCCACUUCUGAACCCGAAUCCGGUGGCCCCGACAGCAGCGGCCCUGUAGAUUCAGCCGGCGGCAACUUGACCACGGGCACCAAAGCACCUCCGCCCACACCAGUUACACCCAACUACUCACCGAGCGCUACUACCUUCUCAGCCACGACUGGCGACUUAUCCGAUGGACCCAGGAGACCCGAGAAGACUGAUGCGGUGGCACGCCGCAUGAUAGCGAGUGCGUUAGGCGUAAAGGUUCCCAAGCAGACGGAAGAACAGAAGGCCUAUGACAAGGCUAUGCGCGAGAAGGAGCGCAAAAGGAGAGAAGAAGAAAGGGAGCUCGAGAAGAAGAGACUAGAAGAGGCGGAGAAAGCGAAGAAGGCUAUUUGGGAAGACUGACUCAAGUGGUUCAUCUUCAGGUCGCUGCCACAGAACGUGAUCGUUCCCACAGUUGUUUGCUGUAUAUUUCUGUACUCUCUUGUACAAACUGGCUCUUCAGAUAAUUAUUAUUACAUAUGCAGGUUUCCUCAUUGUGACCUAAUAUAUCGGGCUGUUGUGGGAUGCAUAGUUACUGUACAGUCCGUCGCGUUCCUCUAA